AUGCGUGAGGGAGGCGGGGGCAAGAGGGCCAGGCAAAGGGGCGAGGCUGAGGUGUGGAGCGUUGGCCGACAUCCAGGGCUUGAGUUACGAGCUGCGCCCCACGGGCGGCGUUACAGCCGGCCCGUGGGCCCGGCGCGGAGCGGGCGGUCUUAUGCCAAGCCGCAGUCCCACGGGUGGCGUAACAGCCAGCCCGUGGGCCUGGUGCGGAGCGGGCGGUCUUAUGCCAAGCCGCAGCCCCACGGGUGGCGUGACAGCCAGCCCGUGGGCCCGACCACUGCCGCCAAGUCGCAGCCCCACGGCCAGCCCGUGGGCCCGACCACUGCCACCAAGUCGCAGCCCCACGGGUGGCUUCCCAGAGCCAGCCCAUGGGCCCGACCACUGCCGCCAAGUCACAGCCCCACGGGUGGCUUCCCUGAGCCAGCCCAUGGGCCCGACCACUGCCGCCAAGUCGCAGCCCAACGGGUGGCUUCCCUUAGACAGCCCAUGGACCCAACCACUGCUGCCAAGUCGCAGCCCCACGGGUGGCUUCCUUCAGCCAGCCCGUGGGCCCGACCUCCGCCGCCAAGUCGCAGCCCCACGGGCGGCUUCCUUCAGCCAGCCCGUGGGCCCGACCACUGCUGCCAAGUCACAGGACCACGGGUGGCGUCCUUCAGCCAGCCCGUGGGCCCGACCACUGCUGCCAAGUCACAGGACAACGGGUGGCAUCCUUCAGCCAGCAUGGGGGCCCGACCACUGCCGCCAAGUCGCAGCCUCACGGGUGGCGUCCUUCAGCCAGCACGUGGGCCCGACCACUGCCGCCAACUCCUCUCUUUUUCGUCAGCCGUGGGAGACAGGAACUCUGCCGUCUUCCUCUGA